UACGCGUCAGUGUGAGGGAUCCUUCCUCUGUGGUGUUUUGGUCCAGCUGAGCCCACUCACCAAAAUGACAGCGAGGAAGUCUGGCUCACGACUGGAGACCGAGAUAGAGCGGUGCCGUUCAGAGGGUCAAUGGGACAAGAUACCGGAGCUGGUGCGACAGCUCUCAGCCAAACUAAUAUCAAACGAUGACCUAGGGGAGCUGUUGCUGGGGGAAUGCAAGCUUCAGACGUACUUGAAGGAGAACCCCAUCAAACAGGGUGCCAGUCCCAGGGGCCCACGACCUAAACUCGUGGAGGUCAGGAAACACCUCACUGCUGCUCUGGACAGAGGAAACCUCAAGGCUGAUUACCUGCAGGAAGCCAGCCUGUUGAUGGCCAAACUGUGCUACGUGGAGGGAGAAUACAGAGAUGCUUUAGGCCACUACAACAAGGUGAACCUGGAUGACAUGCAGCUGGUGGGAGCACCUGUGUAUAAGCUGUCUAUGAUCGCAGAGGCAUAUGCUACUAAAGGACUGUGUCUAGAAAAGGUCCCAGCUGCCUCUCCAUCUCUAUCCAAUAAGAACACCGGGUCUCCAGCAUCAAAUAGGAGCACAACAGACCGGGAGCAGGAGAUCAUCAAUUGUUAUGAGAAGUCAGGAGACAUUGCUCUACUCUACCUGCAGGAGGCUGAGAAGGCAUUGUCAGCAGGAAUGCAGAAUCGCAGCCCAAAACCUGGACCAACAGCCCAAGACCUGGAACUGGGAUACUUCCUGGAGACAGGCCUGCAGAGAGCCCAUGUCAUCCACUUCAAGAACGGCAACCUGACACGAGGCGUGGGCCGCUUUCGGGAGAUUCUUCGAGCUGUUGAGAACAGAACCACCCAGAGCCUACGAAUGACCAUAGCAAGACAGCUUGCAGAGAUCUUGCUCAGAGGAAUGUGCGAACAGAGUUACUGGUCUCCUCUGGAAGACCCUCCCACAGUGUCGCCAUUGGACGAUCCCACACGGCAAGGACACACUCAUAGCAAGAACUACAGCCUAAGCCGACGCCCACGUGUGUACUCGGGGGAGAAUCUGUUUUGCCCUCAAGAGAACACAGAAGAAGCUUUGCUGUUGCUGCUCAUCAGUGAGUCCAUGGCUAACCGUGAUGCUGUCCUGAGCAGGAUUCCUGAACACAACAAUGAUCGUAUAAUCAGCCUGCAGUCGGCCUCUGUGGUGUACGACCUGCUGACUAUAGCUCUGGGCAGGAGAGGGCAGUAUGAGAUGCUGUCAGAGUGUUUGGAGAGAGCCAUGAAGUUCGCCUUUGAGGAGUUCCAUCUGUGGUACCAGCUUGCCCUGUCGCUAAUGGCAGCUGGGAAAUCAGCUCGUGCUGUUAAAGUCCUUAAAGAGUGUAUUCGUCUGAAGCCUGACGACCCCACCAUCCCGCUGUUGGCUGUCAAGUUGUGUAUUGGACCUCUACACUGGUUAGAUGAAGGCGAGUGCUUUGCAAAGAUGGUGAUUGACAUGGGGGAGAAAGCAGCUGAGUUCAGAGCCAAAGGCUACUUGGCCAUUGGGCUGGUUUACAGCCUCAAAGCCACUGAUGCAUCACUGCGAAGCACACAGGAGGAGUACCAGAGGAAAGCUUUGGGAGCCUUCCAGAGAGCUCAGAGUCUGUCUCCAACUGACCAUCUAGCAGCUUUCUACUUGGCACUGCAGCUUGCUGUGUCCAGACAGAUCCCCGAGGCACUAGGCUAUGUUCGACAGGCGUUGCAGCUUCAGGGGGACGAUGUCCACUCUCUUCAUCUGCUGGCCCUGCUGCUCUCUGCUCAGAAACACUACCAUGACGCUCUAAAUAUUAUAGAAAUGGCUCUGUCCGAGUACCCUGAGAACUUCAAUCUGCUGUACACCAAGGUGAAGUUGGAGUCAAUGUGCAGAGGACCAGAGGAAGCUCUGCUCACCUGUAAACACAUGCUGCAGAUCUGGAAGAGCUUUUACAACCUUACCAAUCCCAGUGAUUCCGGGCGUGGCAGCAGUCUGUUGGACAGAGCCAUUGCAGACAGACGACAGCUCAACGCAAUGACUCUGCCUGACUUCAGUGACCCUGAGACCGGUUCGGUUCAUGCUACAUCUAUAGCAGCCAGUCGUGUAGAGCAGGCUCUAUCUGAGGUGGCCUCCUCCCUGCAGAGCAGUGCCCCCAAACAGGGACCUCUGCACCCAUGGAUGACCCUGGCUCAGAUCUGGCUCCAUGCAGCUGAGGUGUACACCGGCAUGUCGAAGCCAGCUGAGGCCUCGGCCUGCACGCAGGAGGCCGCUAACCUCUUCCCCACAUCCCAUAAUGUGCUGUACAUGAGGGGGCAGAUAGCCGAGCUGAGAGGGAACAUGGACGAAGCCAAACGCUGGUAUGAAGAGGCCCUGUCCAUCAACCCUACGCAUGUCAAGACCAUGCAGAGACUGGGUCUGAUUCUCCACCAGCUGCAGCGCUACAGUCUGUCUGAAAAGGUCCUGCGGGAUGCAGUGCAGGUCAACAGUACGGCUCAUGAUGUGUGGAACAGCCUGGGUGAGGUCUUGCAGGCUCAGGGAAACGCUGCCGCUGCCACCGAGUGUUUCCUCACCGCCUUGGAGCUGGAGGCCAGCAGCCCCAUCCUGCCCUUCACCAUCAUACCCAGAGCACUAUGAGACACACACCUUCUAAGUGAAAGCCUCAGUACUGUAGCACAGUGGCACAAAUGAUGGACCUGCAAGCUGCACACACCCCAUACACACACAGCAUGCCUGCAUGCCACUUCCACAGGUGUUACUGCCAAGCCCUCAGACACACACACACACAGACUGUAUACAAAUGCAAAUAGUGCACAUGAACAUACAUCCAUGCUUGCCCCACCUGCCCCCCCACCCUUCCCACAAUGCCUUGCUGUGUGUGUGUGUGUGUGUGUGUGUGUAUGCGGGCCUGCGCAUGUGUGAGGGUGUGGGUCGAUCUGCACUUUUUGCGUGCCUGUUCGUGUCUGUACAUGUGCACCCAUGUCUGUGUAUGUGUGCCAACAUGUUGCCUGUGCAUUUUUGUCCGGUUGUAUGUGAUUUUUAGUAUGCUGUGUGUGUUUGUUAUGUCUCAUUCAAAGAUGUAAAUAAGAUUCAGCUUGAGUUCCUACAUUCAGAAGCCUCAGAGUUUACAUUUUGUUUACAUGUUAUUUAGUCCAAAAUGUCACACACACACACACACACACACAGUUUCAUUUUACAUUCACACACUGACGAUAAAUCUAGCAAAUAAACUGUUUUAUAAGUAUUUCCUUCAUAAGCCAAAUAUUACUGAUAAUCGCAAACACGCACACACACACACACGCACUUCCACUUGCUGUAUGGCUCAGGACAGCCAGAUGUUUGGGAAUCAACCACACAUUGACAUGUUCCACAGAUUACUGAGGAAUCAAUCGAUCCAUAACUUUUAAAUGCCAAAACACAGGCUGCAUUUGCACACACAGGAGAACAGAAGAGCUUACUAAACUUGUAAAUGAACAUGUUGGGUUUCUAUAUGGAUAAAAGAAAUGUCAUACAAGUGGAAAAAUAAUUAUGAUGACAAUAUAUGAAGAACAAAAGAGAACAUUUGCGUAUAGGCCCAUUUUGUUCCCAACAAUAGCCAUUUCCUCCUGCUUCCAGUCUUUAUGCUAAGCUAACAAGAUGUUAGUUUUAGCUUUUUACUUGCCAUACCGAUGCAGGGUGGGGUAUCAAUCAUCUCAUCUAAUUCACAGUAAGAAAGCAAAUCAGCAAGAUGUCAGUCUAUUGCUGUAAAACAAAUCCCAUUACAAUAUUCAAAUUGUCACAUUGUUAAAACCUUGACUAUUUGGAAAAGCUGAUUAUUUUUUUUAGCAUGAGAAGCCAUAGUCAUAAUCUCUGAAUACAUAAAAGUGUCACCAACACAAACCAGAUAACCAGUCAAGUUUCAUUUAAACUGUUCAUAAACAUGUUACUGUGUUACAUUUUGAUUUGAACAAAAUCAGUGUAUGAACAGGAUGUCUGAAAAAGAUCUGAUUUUCUGUCAUGUGUAAAUGCAACCAGUGGUCGUGUUGUCUUUGUGUCCUGUUUAGUCAUCUUAUAUACAACUAGAUGAAUAAAGGUUUUUUUUUUUCUCUCCAUAUUUUUGAUUAUAAAUGCAAAGGAUUAUUGUUGUAUAUUUGAUUGUUGUAAGUGUAUUCUGAUGUUAUGAUUUUAGAAAGUAAAUUAUAAUUCUAUUUUCUGGAGAUUGAUGUUACUGAGAGGCUGUUUGAGGGAAUAAAAGGAUGUACUGAUUCAGUUUGUUGAUUUGAGGUCAGUCAGUGAGUCCUUUGUGCUGUAAAUGAAUGACUGAAAUUAGAAUGAUACAAUGAUGAAAGAUAAUAAAAGUGAUUAAAAACAAA